UUGGGUUCUGUCGUUCUUAGCAUACACAUCGCGGUGCUCGCAAAGUGGCACACGAUCCUCCUCCUCUUGGAUCACUCACGCGCGCUUUUUUUACCCGCAUCAAGUCUCUCAGCAUCGCGCGCGUUCCAUUUCACCCCCGUAAGGAGAGACACCAUCGCGUGACUUCGGUAGGAUUCUGUGCCAAAUAGCAUUGCCAGUCGCGUGUCAUCACCCACUCCUGUCGCACACGAGAGAAUCCCCUUUGCGGCUCGUGAAGUCUGUGAGUGGUGCUCCCCCGAAAAGAGGUGCCAAAGUGCACGGAGGUUUGAGAUAAAAAGUUUGUGUGUGAAAACCUCAACAGAUUGGCUCUCGUCGCAUUUAACUGAAAAAAAAGAGUGUUGUUUAACAUUAUUUUGCGUUCUGACACUUUUUUUUCUCCUCAUCUUCCAAAUUAAAUAAAAGUGCCAAACAUUGCAGUACAUAAAUUCUUGUAAAAAAAUGAAAAGAAAAAUCUCUUAUGAGAAGCAUUUCUGUUUAAAAAAAUUCUUAUUUUUUAACCCAAAUUGAAAAAUAAAAUAUUUAAAUAAAUAACACACUUUAUCGGUAGAUUUUUAUAACCAGUCUUUUUUUAUGCUACAUUAAGAAGGAAAAGUCUUUCGUUGCCCUCGUAAAGUAUUUAAUUUAUUACAAUGCUUCAGCUUUCACGAAAUAUCUCCUCCCUCCCUCUUCCGCAAUAAUGUUGACAAAAACCCAAAAUCUGUGCGCUCUUAAACACGCAUAAAUCAUCACAAAAAAAGCAUGAAACAAGGAAGAAAGGAUAAUAAAUGUCCGGUCGGUUGGAGUUCAUCAAGAAAACUUUGAGUACACACAAACUACAACGUAUUAAACUAAAACGGACAUUGAAUAGCAAUGAGACUUUGUGGUGAUGAAUUUGCAUUUGAUUGAAUUAAUCAUUCACAUGUUAAAAACAUAUUUCGGGGGGUGGCAAAGCCACAAAACAUUCUAUCCCAGCACCCAUUUACACAAAUCUCCGGACACGUGAAUUUGGUCAAAUCUGUGAUGUGGAAGGCCGAUAAAGUGAUGAAUGAAAAUUUUACGUUACACAAUCAUACACAAUUAAGCACCCCCAAAAGCUCCCUAAGCAUAUUGAUAUGGGUUUAAAAAAAUGGUGCUGAUUGUAAUCCCUCGCUGUGUGUAGAUGAAAAGAACUUUACAAAUUAAUCUUUUUAAAGUUUUUCAGUGAAAUUUUAAUGAAAAAGUUUCUAAUUUAUGCCUAUAGAAACUUUAGAUGAAAGUUUUUGAGGGAAAAUUUAAUGUUUAAAGAAUAAUUUAUAACACCCUUACCAUGGGGUCAUUGUGUUCGUAGACAGAGAUUUCCAGAAAAAGAAUAAAAUAUUAAGAAAUUUAUUUAUAGUAAAAAUGACAAAGACCGAAUUUAUUUAACCCAUUAGUUACAGCUAAAGUUUUGAUUUUUAUUAAAAAGGAUUUGUUUCACCAAAGUUGAAAACUCUUUAAUAUAAUAUUUCGGAUGGGCAGAUCGUGAGAUACCUACUAAACUCCUUGAAAAUAUACCUAUUUUGUUCAAUACCGGAAAUUCAAGAACAUAAUUUUUCUAAUAUAAAAUGAUUUUUUUUUAAAUAAUUAUUAUGAAAAAAAAAAUCAAAUUAAAAAAAAUGUUAAAAAUCUUUCAUAAUUUAAAUUUACAUGAAAAUAUGGUGUUUGUAUCAACCUAAAAAUCACAAUUUAUUCUCUCUUCCAUAAUUUUAAGUAAAUUUUCAUUAAGAGUGUAAGGAAAAUAAGGCUCAGAUAGGAUCAGAAUGUAAUUUAAAAAAAAACUCAUUCACAAACGAAAUUUAAACCUCGGUAUCAAAUGGGUUAAAAAUAAACAAAAAAAAGUACAAAAAAUCCUUGAAUUUUAAAGCUUAAUUGAUUUUGAUAUAUUGUGCGCUAUGUUUAUUAUACAUAGCAUAUAAUAAAGCUUCUCAUCAAGUUUCUGCGGGUGGUAUUUUAUAAUUAAAAUGAUUAAAAUGCUAAAAUGAACAUGAAUGAAAUGCUUCUCAUAAUCGAAAAAUCUUUUCUCUCUUUAAUUAAUCCCAAUAAUAACGAUCUACCCAAAUCACAAAUUUUAUCCUUCUUUCUCUCUUAAAUUUAUAACCCUUUCAUCUGAAACUUUUGUGAUUCCCCAUUUUAAAGGGAAGAAAACUCAACGAGUGUGGUGAAAAAUUAAUCCUUAUUCCGCGAAUGUGGUGCGGUGCGAAAGUCGUGCUCUGCAAGAUUACGACUAUUGUGCAGUAAAUUGCAGUCAACAGAUGGUUAAGGGGAGAAGAGUGUGAAAAGGGGUUGCGAAAAGGACUCUCAAGGAAUUUUCUUUGGCAAUUCAACUGGAUUUAUUCUCUAACCAUUUUAAGCAACGACAACAUAUCAGAACUGAUGCUGUGAGACACAAACUCAAGCAGCGCAGAUGUUAUUCCUUUCGGUGGUAGAUCCUAAUAACCAGUAGACAUGAACUGUGGUAUGUCCUGUGAUUCGGCAAAGAGUGUGAGGAGUGCGAUUUCGGUGAGUGAGAGCAGUUAAGACUAAGAUGUAUUGCACAUGCGACCGUGGCCUCAGUAGUUACCUCCAGCAACAUCCGUUCUCCACACUCCCACGUGCCCCCUUCCUUGCGGCUGGACGUGCGGCACCGCGCCGUCCGCCGCUGCUGACAUCAACCCUCUCGGGUGCCAGGUCAUGCGUGAACCUGCCCACCGGUGAUUGCCAGCACACCACCGAGCGUCCCUUUCACUCCCUCGCCGGCGGUAUAUACGACGCCAACGCAGGCCAUGUGAUCCCGUGACGUUACAGUUGCUCCUGUAGAUCCCUCCAGUCCCACCACCAACACUGCCCUCAGCAGCCUUGCUGGAACUACCGCAUUGCCCCAGCGGCGUGCUGUCAACAUCACUGGCCAGCGGAAUCGGGUGCACCUGCCACUUGUCACGCCACGCACAACCAGACGCACGGGCUGACCCAGCAACCGGAGAUGCUGGGCGUCUCGGCUGGCUGUGUGUCACCUGCAAUGUCUGCAUCACCACCACCGGCACCACCACCACCUGCCACUAGGCCACAUCCACUGAGCAUUGGUGGUUGCUCACGUUGUCGCUUUGCCACCAUUGCGACACCCACGCACAAUCGUCGUGCUAAUUCAGCGCCGCAUCACACCGACACAAUGCGCCAUGGAAGCUAUCCGGCUCAAGGGAAUUCCUACACAGGAUAUGACCCAAGAAGUAGGCUACAAGAGGACGAGGAUUCCGCCUGCCCGGCACUUCUUGAACGAGAAUUCCAUUCACUUCAUCGAAAUGUACCAGCACUAAGGCGCGCCGGCGUUGACACUAAUGCAAUACGACAGCACUUUUACCCUGACGGCGGCUGGGGGUGGAUUGUGUGUGGCGUCUCCUUCCUGGCGCACGUCCUAACCACGGGAUUUCAACUUUCCUACGGUCUACUUCUGCUGUACGCCAUCCGACAUCUGGGCCAUGAAGUAGCAACGGAAGCAGGUUGGCUUGGAGCUGCCAGCUGGGCCAUGUCGAUGCUCUCCGCCACCAUCGUCGUGGCGCUCUGUCGACGAAAAUCCACCCGCCUGACGGCUGUUCUUGGUGGUCUUGUCCUUGCCCUCGGUAUCCUAUUCACCUCUUUUGCAACACAAUUCCAUCAAGUUGCCUUCAGUUACGGAAUUGUCGUUGGUGUUGGAGCCUCAAUGGUACGAGAAUCUUCUGCCGUGAUGUUGGGUCUCUACUUCAAGCGACGCAGGCAAUUUGUAGAAAUGGUUACGUUAUCGGGCGAAGGGAUAGGUGUAGCAUUAUUUUCGGUGAUACUAAAAGAGGGAGUUGGGAAGAUGGGAUGGCGGUUGGGCCUUCAGGCCGUGACGGGAUUUGUAGCACUCAGCUUUUUCAUGGGGCUCCUCUAUCGCCCUGCGUCGCUGUAUCAUCCCCAACGCAGGGCGAUUCUCCAUCUCAAGAAUCAGCGAAAGAAGGUCAAAGAGAAGAAGACACACAUCCGCACACCGAAACCACCCUUUCUCGACUUCACCCCAUGCAAAUCAUCCACCGUCCGGAUACUCAUAAUUUCAGCAUCCGUUGCCGCUCUCGGAAUUUAUACACCCAUCUUUUAUAUGUCCCUCCAUGGUUACCAAGAGAGCUACGAUAUGCAGGAUUUGGUAUUGGUGCAGACUUUCUUAGGCCUGUCCAUUGCUGUUGGAGUUGUGGCCAGUGGAUCAACAAUUAAUCGUGUGUGCAGACUGUCCUACAGGAAAUUUAGCAUAUCUCGCCAAUACGUUUGUCAGGGAUGUCUGACACUGGCUGCCAUUUCGAUAUUGAUCCUGUCUGCGGUGUCCGGCUACAGGAGUCUCUGCCUCCUGGCAUGGACAUAUGGUCUGGGCUUGGGUGGCUAUCGGUACACCCUCAAGAUGCUCACGUUGGAACGGGUGAGGGCAAAGCACUUCACCAAAUCAUGGGGUUUCAUCAAGAGUGCUGAAUCUCUGCCUGUCCUCCUUGGUGUCCCAAUGGCAGCUUUCCUCAAUGAUGCCAGUCACAGAUACGGUAGAGCUGGCUACUACAUUUGCUCAGCCGCCACUGCCAUUGCUUCCAUUCUCCUCUUCUUUGUCGGCUACCCAGAUGGCAGACAGAACUUAUCGAAGUAUUCAGCAAAUGGGUCAAUUACGUCCCACUGCACUGGGCCAGUAUCAUCGAGUGAAUGCCCCGACUUGCUCAACCGUAGCUACUCAUCGCGCUUUGGAGCACCCUGGUACCAUAGCCCCUACACAAGUAUGACGAAUGGCGGGUGUCCCAGUGGACACCACCAAUUUCAUCGGCAGCACCGCUACGGCAACGGCGUGUGUCCCAAUGGAACAAUUGGUUCAAAUCAUGGGCGGUUGCACAAAAGCCUCUCGUUUGCCUUCCAAUCUCCCCAUCACAUGUGGGGUGACUACAUCCAGCAGCCACACUCCUGUCAUCAGGCCCACAACCAAAUCGAUCGAUGCUAUUCAAGGUGCGACAUCCACAGAUCCCAGUGCAAUAUAAAUGGCUUCCAGGGGCAUCCUUCACGUAGCCGCUCCGUACCCGAAGGUUUGGCAUUCACAUCGCACGGCUGUGACUGCCACUGGGCGACGGGUCGAUGCGCCUGGCCAUCAACAGGUAACUGCUACUCAGGUGGCCAACCCCUCCAGGUUGUUGAACAAAUCACCACAUCGGUGUGACCAACACUUGGCUUUUAGGAAAACCACACAGCAAUGUGUUCGUAAAAUCUCGUAAAAAAACGCAAAAUGCAUUUAACAUUUUAAUAAAGAAAAAAGAAACGUAAAAUUGUGUCAUUUCGAGGGAAUUGUGUCAACCAUAUAGGCUAGAAAAAAAACCGUAAAAAAUUCAAGAUGAAAAAUUCAAAAUUAACAUUUUCAUGGUGCCCUCGUGCAAGAGAAGAAAAUGAACUUUGAAAGAAUUUGUUGCUAAAAAACGGAAUAAGGUUUUUGAUCGAAAAAAGCAUCUCUUGGACAGAAAAAUGUUUUAGUUUUAAUCAGAAAAUAUAUAAACGUCAAUCGCUAAAAAGAGACGUUAGGCGUUAGAGAAGAAUUGUCAAACAUUUUUAAAGAAAUGUUAAAGGUUAGUAAAAAGAACGUCAAACGUUCGAAAAGAUAUGCAAAAUGUCGAAAUUUAGACGAAAAACGAUAAAUAUUAGAAAAGAAAUGUCAAUUGUUAGAAAAGAAACGUCUAACGUUAGAAAUAAUAUAUGUUAAUAGUUAAACGAGAAACGUCAAACUUUAAAAUAAUGUAGAUAUAAAAUAUCAAAAUUCUCUAAUUUCAAUGUAAAAGCCUGAUUAAUUUUUCUUUUUAGUUGGCCAAAAGACUAAUUUUACUGAUCAAAAGAAACCUUUUUAAAAAAAAUCAAAAUUCUUCAAAAGUUUUAGCAAUAAAUUCUCUUCUCUUGCUGAGGGUAUUAAAUUUUUGGUAUAAUAAAAUAUUUAAGAAAAAAAAACACGAAAGUUCUUCACUUUGGAAUUGAUUGUAGAAAAUAAGGGAACUAAUUUAUUUAUUAAAAAAAAGAUAAAAGAAAAAAUCUAGGAUUACGUGAGUAUUUAAAUAAAUUUGAGGAAUCAAUUUUAAAAUUAUAUAUCGUUAUAAGAAAGUUGCAUUACAAUAAAGAAAA